UUUUUGCUGCAAUACCGCGAGUGACCACUGGAAGAAACUGGCUGCAAGGCUGAGCAGCUGAGCCCUGUCCAGCUCUUAUUACACAUCCAUGAAAUGAAAGCUCGGACAAGGACAAGUGAAACUAACUACAGAAUUGAGAAAACUCAUCUACUAAACCAGUUACAUUACAUCACCGUUUCGAACAUCCUCUUGCUGAAAGAAAAACAAAAAGGUCUUCUACUGAAAUGACAUGAGAAAAGAAGCAACCUUUUUCCUGUAACCUAAGCACGUGUGUUUUUGGAAACAAUUGUCACUUUAGUUGCUCUACAUUAUUAAAAUUUUGGUCAUAAAGUCCAGCAGCUUCAUUCUAGCUGCACUCAUAACUUCCUUCUGCAUUCAUUUAAAAGAACGUCACCUGUGCUCUGUUCCACUUUUUGAAAGUUAGUUAAUUAUUAACCCAAAUAAUGCAAAGUGUGUGUUAUGACUCCGCCUAGGAGAAGUUCUGGCGCAAAAUGAAAAGAAUGAGACUUCCCUCUUCCCAGCUCCCAAGAACCACCAGCAACAAGGGUUUUGCAGCCCUUUAAAGGUUUUAUUAUAAAGUCUUCAAGGCUUCAGGGUGGGCUAACAGCAAAAUAACAAACAAAAGUGAACUAAAGCCGACCUAAACUUACCUACAAACAGAACAAGCCGCUAACCUAACUCCUAAUGUGACAAAAACAGGAGACAAAGUAGAAUUAAACAAAAAUGCUACCCACCCCUAUAAAACUUGAGCUGAUAUAUCAUGUAAACAAAUCUCCAAACAACAUUUCACACUGAAACGUGUUGGCUGGCAGGUGCUGGAAGAAGCUGGCCUUAAAACUGCAAGCUUGGAGGCUGAAACUAAAUCAUUCAGUUAGCCCAUCACACACACGCACACACACACACACACCACAGCAGGAUCACCAGCGAGGGGGAGAGAGAUCCACAAUACAUGCACAGAAUAUUCACUAAUUUUUUUUUAGUUUUCACUGAAGCACUGAACCAACAGUAAAGUAUGAUAUUAAUUAGUUAUGCAUUAGUGUAAUUUAUUUUAUUUAUCAAUGAACACAAUCUAUUCCAUAUAUGUUACUAAUUACUUCAAUGAUCAAUAACAUGUAUUCAAUUUUAUAUUUCAGGUUAACGACAUAACCAAAAGCAAAACAUUACCAAGUUACACAUGAUAUAUAUAUGUUAUUAUCAGAGUGCAGUAUGUCAUUGCAUAGAUUGUACUGCAUGUAGAUAAAGUAAAGUUCAAAGGAGUGUUACCAUAACAUUAGAAUUCAUAAAUCCUAACUGGAAAUACAGCCAAGAGGUUUUGAGAUAUGUUUUCAUAAACAGAAGUGUUCAUUAUUGGUUCAUUUUGAACUAAAAGUGGUGCAAUAGAUGAAAAUCAACAAGGUCACCAAAAUCAUCAGGAAUCAUUACCUGGAGACCGUGACUAUUCAUUUUAAAAGUGCAGUGCAUUGCCAAGAUGUCUUGCUCUUUGUUCUUAUUCAUUUUUAUUUUAAUUAGAAAAGUCAAACUAACUAAAUCUCUCUCACAGAGGACUUACAGAAAUAUUGCCUAGAAAACAACAAUAUGAAAAACCAUAAAAAUUGCAAACAGGACAUGAAUUGGCAUAUUUGAGCAAAAAUACAGUUAAAAAAACAUAAAAAAAGGAAACAUCAAAGUCAAAAUUUGCUCUGUAAGAACCGUGGACCAAAUCUACUAAUUGUAAUACUUGGCUGAACAAAACAGACAAACGUAAACAAAAAUAACUUAUACAGGAGUCAUUUCACAGUAACAGUAAAGCAAAAUGUGUGUGAGAGCUACAGAUGUAGACACCAGUUUAACACAAAUUGUCUAGAACAGAGAGGGUGUGUCAAUUAAGUGUCAAAACCACCACUUCAUUUGGUUAUUGUCAACAUCAACAUGAAUUGAACAACACCAAGCAAACAUCCAAAGUCCAAAGUUAAAUCCUCUUCCUGCACAUAGUGUUUGUAAUAUUGCCUUUUUUUAGAACAUUAUAUUUCCAUAAUGCAAGAACACAGUCAUGCAUGCAAAUUACUUACAACUAAAAGCAGAAGUUAAUUUUAGCACUGUGGGUGAUGAACAGAGGAAACAGACACUUCUGCUAUUAGGUUGCUCUAUGGCUUAAUUACAGCAGCAGUCUUCAGACCAAACUCAACAGACAGACUGUAGCGAUGGCAGAGGAGGAGAUAAACUACGCUUCAGUUGUAUUUAAAACUAAGACACAGCCCCGACCUGAAGCUCAAAAGGAGGAGGACACUGUGUAUGAUGAGGUGAAGGUGCCAAACAAAACACCCAAACAAGCUGCUGACUUAAAUGCUCAAAAGGAGGAGGACACUGUGUAUGAUGAGGUGAAGAUGCCAAACAAAACACCCAAACAAGCUGCUCAUUUAAAUGCUCAAAAGGAGGAGGACACUGUGUAUGCUGAGGUGAAAGUGCCACACAAAACACCCGUACAAGCUGCUCAUUUAAAUGUCUCAGCAGGAUUCUUGUCAGACAAGAAAGCCACCAACAGACGUCACCACUAUCAGCUGUUGGCUUGUUGUUUGGGGACUUUUUGUGUCAUUUUGCUGUUGGGCAUCAUAGCACUCGGUGUCUUCCUUCUUAUGAAUAAUAAUGAGCUGAAACAGUUAAAAAACAACCAAACGACUCUGCUGCUGAUCAAGCACAAUCUGACAGAGGACAACAACAAACUCAGAUCAGAAAAUGAAAACUUGAGGAGAAACAACAAUAAUCUGACAGUCACCAUUGGAAACUUGGGUAGAAACAACAGUAAUCUGAUAGUAAUCAAUGGAAACCUGACAGAGGCCUAUGCUGUCGUAGCAAGCAAGAUCACAAACCUGACUGCAGAAAACCAGAAGCUGACAGCAGAAAACAACAAGCUGAACACACAAAACCAGGAACUGAAGGCACAGAACAACAACUUAACUGAACAAAUACGAAACUGGAGUGAGAACGGUGUUGCUCGAGUCCAGCAGAUCAUUAAUGCCUACUGCCCCAUAGACAGUAAUAACAACAGACAGUGUAAACCUUGUGAGGUUGGCUGGCUGCGCAAUCAGUCCAGCUGCUAUGCCAUCAAUAACGCUAAAUCUCCUGAUCAGAAAACCUGGGAGGAAGCUCAAGACAACUGCAGAGAAAAGAUUUCAUUUUUGGCUGUAAUAGUUAAUGAAGAUGAAAAGAAAUUCAUCAGGGUCAACAGUUGGCCCGAUCAAGGAAUCAAUGGCUACUGGAUUGGCCUGAGAGUUGAAGAUGGGAGAUGGAAGUGGACCGAUGGAAGUAAUCUGACUGAAAGCUCCUGGACACAACCUCCUACCAACGGUCACUGUGCAAUUUCUGUCCAAAAGGAAGGAUGGAAAUCAGUGAACUGCGGUGACAAAAACGCAUGGAUCUGCAAAAAGAAGGCUUUAUCUGUUUAAACACUGAGAGGCCACACUUGAGAAGGUUACUGGAUAAUCUGUAAAGAUUAAUAACAUGUAAAAUCAUAUUAACUGGCUUAUAAAUAUCAAUACAAAGAUUUUUAAUACAGAGUUUGGAUUUCUUCCCAAAGCUAUUCAUGUAUGUGUUGUGAUUGCGUUUGUGUGUGUGUGUGAGGGCGCGAAAGUGAGUACUAACCAGAUAUCUAAUACUUUGAAUGUGCUGUUCUUCUACUUUGUAAGAGAUGAGAUGUUGUUUCCUGUUUUAUUGUCAUGUAAUAGUUGAAUUAUUACUGCUGAUUGGCCAACAGGGGAGCUGUUUUCUUCUCAACAAAAUGUUCACACAGUUGUUUUCUUAAGUAAUGUAUUCUGAUGAAAAGAAUAUAUGUAAAGGUGACUGGUUGUUAUUCUGUUUAUUUAGAAGCAAAUCUAUAUUUCAGUCUUGUAUCUCCAGUGAAUAAAUGUGCUGCCACACCUUGUUGUUAUUGUCUUUUUCUUACAAAUUGCUCCCUGAAAAAUUCAGAAAGCUUUCAUCAAGUCAGAGAGAAUGGCAUUAUUCAGGAUGCUGUAACAUGUUUAAUCAAGAUAAGACAGAAGCAGACCUGACCUCACUGUGUCUUGUCAUGUUGCAUUUGAUUUCUCCAGUCUGCUCAAUAUAGUGGAGGUCCAGAUGUUUAAACUGUGUUUGAUCUGUGCUGUUUCAGAGGGACUUGAAAAAGAAGGUGACAACGUUAAUGCCGCAUUAUGCACCGAGAACGAGAUGUCAGCCACCUCAGGUAUGUUAUGAACACAAUUUACCUUGCAAAAUUUUAGAAUUAAAAAGCUCAAAAAAUAACCACUAAUAAUUAUCAUUAUUACUGCUGAUUGGCCAACAUGGGGAGCUGCAUUACUGGUUCCUUUUUUAAGUAUUUGUAUUCUCAUGUAAAGGAUAUCUAUAUAUAGAUGUGACUGGUUAUGUGUAUGUUAUGUGUUGUAUGUCUAUGCAGAAGCAAAUCCAUGUUUAAGUGUAUUAUGUAUCACCAGUGAAUAAAUGUGCUGCAAUGCACUGUUGUUAUUAUCUUUUUCUUACAUGUUGCUCAUUGAAAAUGUCAGUAAGCUUUCAUCAAUUGAAAAGAACAACAUCAUUCAGAAUGCUGUAACAUGUUUUAUCAAGACAGAAGCAGAUCUGGCCUCAGUAUGUUUGCUCCAUUUGGGCCUCAUGCAGUUACACAAACUGUCAACAUCAGCACAAACAGAGCUCCAGAGAGGAACAGAAAGUCUUAUUUAUUACUGUGUUUUCCAUGUUUGAAUGCAUAUUUACACCAUCUUAGGUCACAAAAGAAAAUACAGCACAAUCAUAUUAUUUUUAAAGUUAUGACUGAAUGAAAUUGUGCAUUUUAAAAUGGUAGAUUUUGUGGUCGUCGCAUGGGUCAUUCAGUCUCAGCAGCAGCUUUGACAGUAGCUAAAACUGGCUGCGCCUGUAGUUGGUUAAUCUCGAAGUUGAG